AUGACUCAAGAAUUUGAUUUCACCAAUCAUUCACAUCGCCGCUUUAACCCACUAACGAAGAAAUUCAUAUUAUGUUCUCCUCAUAGAGCUAAGAGACCAUGGCAGGGUGCUAAAGAAGAAAUCAAGAAGACUGCCUUACCUGAAUAUGAUCCAAAAUGUUAUCUUUGUCCUGGAAAUAUAAGAGCUACUGGUGAUGUUAAUCCAAAAUAUGAUGCUACUUUUGUUUUCACAAAUGAUUAUCCGGCUGUUAAGUUAGAGCAACCAGAUUAUGUUGAGAAGGAACCUGAAAGUUCGUUGAAAGGGAGAUUAUUAAAGACUGAAGGUGCAAGAGGGAAAUGUUUUGUUCUUUGUUUUAGUCCAAAACAUAAUUUGACUUUACCUUUGAUGUCGAUUGAAGAAUUGACUAAUGUUGUUAAUGCAUGGCAAUCAUUAUAUCGAGGCUUGUUGAUUGAAUCUACUGAAGGUUCUGCUCCUUAUAAAUAUUUACAAAUCUUUGAAAAUAAGGGAUUUGCUAUGGGUUGUUCUAAUCCACAUCCUCAUGGUCAAGCUUGGUGUUUGGAUAUGGUUCCAACUGAAGUUGAAGAAGAAUUACAAAAUAUGACCGAAUAUUAUAACACAAACAAGACACAUUUAUUUGGUGAUUAUGUUGAACUUGAAAUAAAAGAGAAAGAAAGAAUUGUUGCUGAAAAUGAUUCCUUCUUGGUAGUUGUUCCAUAUUGGGCAUUAUGGCCAUUUGAAACAUUAUUAAUAUCUAAAGAACAUUUAAGAUCAACUGAAGAUUUCAAUGAUAAGCAUAAAGAAGAUUUAGCAUCUAUCUUAAAGGUAUUGACAACCAAAUAUGAUAAUUUGUUUAACACCUCAUUCCCAUAUUCUAUGGGUAUACAUCAAGCUCCACUCAAAUGUUCCAAAGAACAUAAAGAUUGUUCUUGGUUCCAUAUGCAUUUCUAUCCUCCAUUAUUAAGAUCAGCAACUGUUAAGAAAUUCUGUGUUGGGUUUGAAAUGUUGGGAGAAGCUCAAAGAGAUUUGACAAGUGAGCAAGCCGCAGCCAGAUUACAAGAGUUAUCUGGUGAUGAUCAUUAUAUGAAUAAAUUGUAA